UUAACUCUAAAAGUUUGCUGUAAGAGGCUCUCUGUUCAUAUAGAGCGCUGCUAAAUCAUUGAUGCGUGCGUCCUCCCUUCACCGGCAAAGGAAAUGAUGAGACUGCAGAAAAAGUACUUGAUUUUAAUCAUCGGGUACUCUGUAGUGCUUCUGUUGAUCCCCUACGUGCUGGAUUACAGUAAAACGGACCCCCGCUUUCAACCUGGACUGCAGAAGCAGAGGUGCCCAGAUUUGGAGAACUCUAUGGGGUUGUGGAAUAUAGAAGAGAAAGCCAGCAACGAAACCGGUGUGGCGGAGGAAAAGGGCAACGGAGGCAAGACGAAAACGUUCAUUUAUUUGCAUGCUACCUGGAGGACAGGCUCUUCUUUUUUAGGGGAAUUAUUCAACCAGCAUCCCGAUGUGUUUUAUUUGUACGAGCCGAUGUGGCACAUGUGGCAAACCCUGUACCCCGGGGACGCGGAGAGCCUGCAAGGGGCACUGCGAGACAUGCUCGGCUCGCUUUUCCGAUGCGACUUCUCCGUCUUAAAACUGUACAUGGCGACCCCAAACCUCACCACUGCGAGCAUAUUCGGCUGGAAAAAAAACAAGGUGAUCUGUUCGGAGCCUCUGUGCUCCGCGUACAAAAAGGACGAAAUUGGCUUGAUAAACGAGUCGGCUUGCCAGAAGUGUCCGGCGAGGGACAUCAAGUCUCUGGAACGAGAGUGCAGAAAGUACCCCGUCGUCGUCAUCAAAGACGUGCGCGUUCUGGACCUCGGGGUUCUCGUGCCCCUGAUGCAGGACCCCUCUCUGAACCUGCAGGUCAUUCAGCUGUUCCGGGACCCCCGGGCAGUGCACAACUCAAGGCUCAAAUCGAAACAGGCGCUGGUGCGAGAGAGCAUCCAGGUGCUGAGGAGCAAGCAGCGCUCGGACAAACACAAGCGGCUGGCGGUGCCCAACAGGUCGCAGCGCGCUGACAGUUACGUGUCCAGCGCCAUGGAGGUGAUUUGCGAAAGCUGGCUUAAAGACCUUCUGCUCAUCAGGAGUGCACCCCGAUGGGUGACGCGGAAUUACCUUAGUCUCCGCUACGAGGACCUCGUAUUGCAUCCCGUUAAGCAAUUGCAGAGUCUGUUCCGCUUCUCCAACCUCACCCUCUUACCAGCCAUUGAAAACUUUGUGCUCAAUAUGACCCAGGGUGAUAAGUACUCUUCGGAUAAACCCUUUCUGAUCUCUUCAAGGGAUGCCAAGGAGGCCAUACACGCUUGGAGAGAGCGGUUGAGUCUGGAGCAGGUCCGUCAGGUCGAGGCCUAUUGCAGCGAGGUCCUGAGCCUGUUAAUGUAUCAUUAAAUAAACACGGAGACAACGGAAAGACUUCAAAGAAACAAAAGCAAGGAAACUGACAUUGAAGAGAACAAAGUGCACAAGCUACUGUACGUCAUCACUGAUUCACAAUGCCCAGAGGUAGACAGAAGAGAAGAGCAAGUAUAGGACAGCUGGAGAUUGCUCUACUGCCCUACUGCCCUGCACAGCAGCCUGGGGAAAGGAACUUUCAAAUCAAAUCUAUUUGCUGUUUUCAGAGUCCGUUUUGCAAAUGGUUGGCAAUUCCAGUACCGGAGGAGCCAACCUACCACAGGUUUAAUAAAUAUAGCUGGGCCAGGUAUAUUUAAAAUGAUUAGAUACAGUGUGUGGCUAGAGGAAUAACUGGUUCAAUUUAAACACUUAAGGACAUGAAGACGUGCCCUGGAAUAAGAAAGACUGCCUCCCUCUCCCGCUCCCUGUUUACAGCAACACGAUUGCAUGCAGCAUUUCGACAAGGGAGUGUUUCACCUUUUAUAAUCCGUUCUGUAGCCCUGAAGAGAGGGGGAGGGAAGAUGAUAAUCAUCAUGUUGCCUGGGGCACAGCUUUAUUCCAUGCAGGUGUGGGGUUUCUGUCUUUUUUUUUUGGCCAGCACAAGCAAAGCAAGGUUUUAAAUAGAAAAGGGCUGACCUGGUUAUUUAUGUUUUAAACUUGCUAAAUGUAAAGUCAUUUGACACUAUCAUUGUAGGAAGCCAGUGAGCACAGAGCAAUGAAACCUUAUGGCAGGUGGAGACACCAAACACUGGACAGUGAGAUACUGAACUAGGAGCAUCACCGCCACAGCUUGCCAUGGCCCUAUAGUCUGUAGCUGAUACCACUGCAACAGCUGAAUAGAAACACUGUUUGUCUCAUAUCAAAAGAGUAGAAAAGCAGCAUUUUUCCCCAAGGGAGAGCUCUGAAGAGGCAGAACUGAAAAGCUGUAACAAAUUAAAAUGUGAAGCAAUACAAAAAAUAUUCAUGUGAUCCAGUGCUGUUUACAUCCACAAAAAGAAUGACCCUGCUAUUGAAACUAAGCUAUUAGUCUAUUGUACUGCAUGUAGUAUAACACGAAGAGUCUUAUUUCAAAAUAAGAGUUGAUUUUAAUGUUUUAUCCACGAGUAGGAAAGAGUAUAGAAAUAGGGCCAGACUGCUUGUGCUUUCAGAAUUUAAAUGUCAUUUCAAGCUGUACAUUUACAUUAGCUGGCCCAAUAAAAGAGUAACACUGUAACAGCAGCAUGUAGCAAAGGCUUGCGUGUAGACGUGAUGUCACACAGUGGCAGCCCUGGCAGUAUAUCAAAGUUGAUCCUGUUGCAGGUCAGGUUAAGUGAAGUUGGCUAGACAACUUACCUGACAGACUCUAUUAGAUAAUAUAUGCUCUGUUGGUACUUUUGCAUCCUUUACAGACCAUCCCAGAUCCAUUUCCCACAGUAAAAGUACAGCAAAGUGUAAUAAAGCACAAUGAAAGCAUGGUAAAUCCCAGAGAGGCAUAUUAAUAAACAUGGCAAACCAGGGUAAACACAUAUAUAACCAUGGGGAAAAGCAUGGCAAAAGUGCAAUAAUGCCAUGGUAAACUUUUCCAAGGCAUGUUAGAGAGCGACUGGAAUUCCACACCCUAAGAGCUGGCUGUAAGGGAUAGUCACAUAUCCCUUCAGAACAACUGAAACUCCUUGCAGACUCAGCUUGUCAAACCAGGCCGUUUCUGCCUCUGUGGGAUUACCCUUUUGGCAGUGUUGUGGCAGCUCUUUCUAAUGUUUUGGUUGAACCAGUACAGAAUCCUGGCAUGUCUUGUUAUGUUUCAAGAGAGGAAUGUGUGUUGAUGACUGCUGAGUAUUACACAUUACAGUUCUCACUUUUCUACAGCUGGAAAUUGUGUGCAAAUGCAGAUUUUAUAGCAUUAAGAAAACGGAACAAGCUGCUUUUUUUCUUUUAGAAGGUAGGUUUUUCCAGUUCUGUUAACAUAGAUCUGCAUUUCUUAAGAACCUAAACUAUGUGGGUUAUUCCACUGUAGCACAGAACCCCACCUAUACAAUUAUAGAGGUGUGCGUCACAGCCUCCCAAUACAAAGUGGAGCUUAACCUUGAUUUGUUUCUGGACAUGUUUUAAAUGUACAGUACAAUAUGCUGUCAUGUAUGGACACUACUUAUUUAGAUAAACCCUAAAUGUAUUUUUUUUUGGUGGAGCAUGAAAGCGUUAUCAUUUCCCAAAGACACAUUGCACAUGAAAGGGAGAAUGAGAGAGCCACGUCAGAUACCGUGUAUGCAUGCCAUAGAAAGAUAGAGCCUCCAAAGGACAAAACCUCUUAUCAAUAAAAGCAACAAUGUCAUGCAGCUCCUGUUUCUACGUGUCUGCUGUUAUCUUGGGUGCCCAGAACGUCUUAGUGCAAGAUUACUGCUAGAGGAAGUAGUGUGUGCAGACCUACAGUGCGCGAUUAAUGCCACCAGAUUGACUCAACAAAUCACUUACCGCCGUGCAGCUUUUGGGGACAUUUGUCAUCCUUGAGCUUCAGUUCACCUCUAUAUCACAUAAAAGUGCUUCAAAAAAAGGUCAGUGUCAUUCAGCCAUUUAAAGCUUUAUUGUAACAAUAACGCAGGAGCAGACUAUCUUCGAUCACAGCCUCUCCAGCUGGAAUACGUACAGCAUUACAGGUUUCCAUUCUGUGAAACAUGUCUCUCCUUUCUAGGAUUUAAGGAUGAACUUUUCUACUAUCAAAGAACAAUAGCUUAAGACAAUAUUAACAUAAUCUCUAUUAAAUAGUGUCCUGCAAGAUGUUACACCCACUAUGCAG